AGUAGCGUCAGGUGCUCCUUUAGCGAACAGCGCUCAAAGAUGCAUAGCGGUCGGAGCUGGUGUUACACUUAAGAAACGAUGGCGGAUUACGAGCACAACAGAAGGGGCUGCACCGACGACGGAGGGCCGCAGGAGGAGGGAGGCAGAGUGAAAACUAAGCCUGUCUCUUGUAGCACUGUGGGAGGAGGAGCGACCGCAGUCAAACGCACAUCCCAGCAUCUCUCGUCUGAAGAUGAGGACGAGUCCUCAUCAGACCCUCCAGCACCCUCCAAAGUUUCCAAAAUAGGCUUUGCCAUGAGCAGUCAGAUCGGGAAGAAGGGCAACCCCAUAUCUAUUAAGCUUGGAGCAACAAAACCCAAAGAGCCUGCACCAGCAGUUCCUCCAAAAAAGCCAGGGAUGGCGUCUGUCUUUAAUGAGGAUGAUGAUAGUGAACCUGAGGAAAUGCCUCCUGAGGCAAAGAUGAGGAUGAAGAACAUUGGCAGGGAGACACCAACAUCUGCGGGACCUAAUUCCUUCAACAAGGGCAAGCAGGGCUUCUCUGAUCAUCAAAAACUUUGGGAGAGGAAGUUGAAGGCCCAAGCAGACAAAUUGUAAAUUAAUAUCAUAGUUUUUGUCACUAAUGGAUAAUUUUGUAUAGGUUAAACCAUGACAGAGAUACCUAUGAAGGCUCAAAUGAUUCCUCACUGUAGCCUUAGUUUUGACAACUUCCCAGCUUUGUGGUCAUUUGAUGAAGAAUAUUUUAAGCCUUCUGUGAUUCUCCGUGACAGAACUCAUGUUUACUUGUCUAACCACUACCGACUGAGAGGUACCAGAAUGUCAAGCCUCUGUGAUUAGAGUUGCAGAGUGGGGUAAUGGAGAGAUGGGACAAACAAAUUAGCCAGAAUAUUGUUUAAACUGUAAAAUUUGCAACAGGUGGUUUAUGCUGGCUAAUACGAAACCCUUGCAUCUUAGAGCUCCCACGCCCCUGUUUUUGUCAUGUUUGUUCCUAUUUGAAGCUGGUUAGGUGUGGCCCUGGGCAAGCUUAUCUAAUUGUGUAAAAAUGUACAUAGAAGUGUGAUAUUUUAUUUUUAAAUUCACAGAUGUGUGUCAUGUUAUUUUGUGCGUGUUGCUUUUUUUCUUUCAUUUAGUUUCUCAGCGUCAAUGUGCAACCUUAUGUUUUCACCAGUUGUGCCACCUCAUAGAUAGUCUCUGGUUUGUUUUAUUAUUGUGUCAGUAUGCAACACUGUAUUUCUUCCUGCUUCACUGAAUCUUGCAAACAGACAUAGCUGUGUUUUCAUGUUCACAACAGAAAGACUGAUAUGUUUUAGUGUGAAAACCAGAAUCGUACAUAGCUAUCAGAAUCAACCUGGUUGUGGUAUCAGUACUUAUUAUGAUUUCUGGAUGAUUAAAUUAUAGGUUAGCAACCUAUUUUAACAUA